CGUUCAGUGAAAUUAGUUGCAGGUUCUUGUGAAGACGCGCUGAAAAGAAACAUACCGUAUGUGCUAACGAUUUUAUAAUAUAAUAAUUACAUAUGAUAGUUUAUAUAAAAUAUAAUAAUUUAAGAUAUCGAUAACGUCAUCGUAAUACAUCUUAUGUGGAAAUAAAUAAAAUAACUACGUGUACAACAUACUUACGCGUAACCGCCAAAAUUGUAGAUAGAAACGCCAUCUUGUGCAAAGAUGUUGAUAUUUUAGUAAAUUAAGAAAAAUUACAUGAUUAUUAUUUGUUCGAGUCCCACGACUCAAUUUGAGUAUUUAUAAAUGUUAAAAAUGCUAAUUUUAUACAUCAAUUGACACAUCAAUUGAUUUUAUCAUUAUAAGAAGUGCAUAUAACAUAAAUUAAAAAUGUUUUAUGCACAUUUCGUAUUGGCCAAAAAAGGCCCAUUAGCGCGUAUUUGGUUAGCUGCUCAUUGGGACAAAAAAUUGACAAAAGCUCAUGUAUUUGAAACAAAUAUUGAAAAAUCUGUGGAUGGUAUAUUACAGCCAAAGGUAAAAAUGGCUUUAAGAACAUCUGGUCAUUUAUUAUUGGGUGUAGUACGCAUAUAUUCAAGAAAGGCUAAAUAUCUCUUAGCUGACUGUAAUGAAGCUUUUGUUAAAAUAAAGAUGGCCUUUAGGCCUGGUAUGGUAGAUUUACCGGAAGAACAUAGAGAAGCUGCUGUAACAGCUAUAACAUUACCAGAAGUAUUUCAUGAUUUUGAUACAGCAAUGCCAGAUUUUAGAGAUGUUGAUAUUGAAGCACAAUUUAGUUUAAAUCAGUCACGUGCAGAGGAGAUCACUAUGAGAGAAGAUUAUGGAAGUUUAGCUUUGGUUACACAUGAUCAAGGAUUUGGUGAUAUGAGUUUUGAUGCAGAACCUCCAGAAUUACUUAGGCAUGCUGGUGCUGUAGAACCAUCAUUAGAUCAAACUCAUAUGUUAUUCACUGAUGGACCAGGAAUAGAAGCAACUUUAGAACAAAAAGAAAAAGAACCAGUACCAGGUCCAUCAGUAACAGCACAAGCAAUGGAUAUAGAUAUGCCUAUUAGAGAUGAUGGUUUUGGUGGUCAUCUUGGUCAAGAUAUCAUAUCUGGUGGCUUGUUUGAAGGUGGUUUAUUUGAUGAAGCACCCAUGGGUGAAGUACCUGUGCCUGAAGUUAGUACAGUAACAGAAGCACAAGAACCAAGUGUGGUUCCUGGAGGACCACCUUCUGUACAUGAUGAAUCAGAAGAAGAAAUGGGAGAUCGUUUUGGAGGUCCACCAUCUCCUAUGGGAGGAAUGAGUACUGAUGAAUCCAGACCUGUUUCUCCAGCUGCUCCUGGUGAAGAGAUUGAGGGAAGAAUAAGUGUUGCAAGUCGUCGUUUCACUCCUGCUCCACCAACUAUUCCUGAAGAACGUCCAAUGGAAGCUAUUGAAGAAGCUCCGCCUUUACAAGAUCAAACUACAUUGUUACAUGAUGAAGAAGAAAGUUUUGCUCUUGCACCUGUUGAUGCAUCUGCUUUAAAAGGAUUCACAAAAGCAAAACGUAAACGCAAACUUAUUGUGGAUGAAGUAAAAAAUAUUUCUGGUGAAGAAAUGAAAGCACAAUUAUCAGAUACCAGUGAUAUUAUUACAACAUUGGAUUUGGCUCCACCCACAAAACGAUUAAUGCAUUGGAAAGAAACUGGUGGAGUUGAAAAAUUAUUUGCUUUACCAGGAAGACCAAUACCAGCACGUGUAUUAUUUAAGAAUUAUCAACGACAUUUGACUAGUAAAUCUUAUGAUCAUGAGGAUUUUGGACGUUUAGUAGGUGAAGAAGAAAGUAUGUCUUUAGAACAAAUGAGAGAACCUGCAGAACCUGAUGCAUAUGAACAAAGUAUCCUUAGUAAACGAAUGUCUCGCAAACGAAAAGCACCAGCAGAUGAAGAGAUAAGGCCACCACCUCCAGCACCAGUACCUCCUCCAAUAGAAACUGUUCCUGAAACAGUGGAAGUUCCUAACAUAGUUCCUCAAUCAAGUCUUCCCUCUACAGAAUCACCAAUACCUCCACCUGAAGUAUCUCUACCAACUGAAUCAUCAGUAUCUGAAAUUAGUGGUAUAGUGCCUCCUAUUGAAGAAGUAGAAAUGGUUUCUUUACCUUCUGAAGCACCUUUGCUUCCUUCAGAAAUCCCUGAAAUUUCUGCUAAUGAUGCUAUUACUACAUCUGAAGAACCAGUUGUUCCAUCUACUCAGGUAGAAUCAGAAGUUACUCCUACACCACCUGUUGAAAUGCCUCAGAUGGAAAAUAUGGGCUAUGAUCAGGCACAACCUCAGGUACCCUACAUUGGUUAUGAUGAACAUCCUCCUCCACCACAUACACCUGCCGUAUCAGAAAGAGGACCAGCAACACCAUGGAAUCAUGAAGAUUAUGAAUUUCCUCCAUCUGUAGGACCUCAAGAAGAACAACAAAUAGAUGAAACUUAUGAACAAUUUGAAGAACGAGUUCUUAAUAAAAGAGCAUCACAUAUGUAUCAUGUUAUUAAAAGUAAACUAGAUACCAAAGAUAGACUGACAUUGUCGGAAAUGGCAUAUAAAAACAAUCGCAAACAGGUUGCACAAAAAUUUUACACGUUAUUAGUUCUAAAAAAGUUUCAAGUAUUAGAACUCAAUCAAGAAUAUCCAUAUACUGAAAUUGUAGUCAGUAAAGGACCAAAAUUCGAAAAUCCUGCAUUAUAAAAUUGCUAGGUAUUUCUUACACUUACUGUUAAAAAUGACGGAGAAAGAAGAGUGUAGCUAUUUUUAACCAUAUAAAAUAAGCAAUUUAUCUAAGUUCUUUUGGAAAAAAACUUGAAUAUUGUAAAAUAAUAUAAAAUUACUAUAACUUGAAAUAUCUGCGUAAGAUAAAAAAAUUUUGUAAAUCAUGUUUUAAACUCCUGAUUGGGGAAUGUAUCCGUUUUGUAUAAACAAAAGAAGAAAUAUUUUGGACCUUCUGCAUUUUUAUUAUGAUAAAAAAAAUUCAAUUAAAA